AUGGAAUCUGGAUCUAAGAUAAACAACAAUAAUUUUAGUUUCUUUUCUUCUGAAUCAAAUUCGAAGAGAAUUGAGAGUGAAAUUCCAUCAGUAGUUCCUUCGUGUUACAUUUCUGAUGAAGAUAUGGAUGAUAGUUUGAAUGAAUGGCAGUUUAGUCUAAUUGGUAGAUUUGAUUUUGUUAAGAUGAAAUUUUCUGUUGCUGGAGAAUCAUUGAGAAAACAGUGGAAUACUUCAGGUAAUUAUCAACUGAUACCUCUUGCAAAAGGAUUUUUCACCAUUAAACUUACUAAUGAGGUUGAUAUGAAAUAUAUAUGGAAUGGGUUUUGGAAGGUUGAAUCUCAAAUUCUAAAACUGAGAUUUUGGGAACCAAAUUUUAAUCCUGCUGCUCAGAAGACAAUUACUGCUUUUGUUUGGAUUAAUUUUCCUGGUCUUGGUAUUAAGUAUUGGAAGGAAAAAAUUCUUAUGUCUUUGGGUGACACAUUUGGUAGAGCUAUAAAGGUGGAUGAAACUACUCUUAAAAAAGAAGUAGGGUAUUAUGCUAGUGUUCUAGUUGAAGUAGACUUGGCAAAUAACAUUCCUAACCAUGUUUUAGUAAAAUCCAAAUUACAGAAAAAAGAGAAUGCACAGGAAGGUGUUGUUGAUGGGAAGAAUAAUUUUGUUCAAAGAAAGAUUUGGAAGCAGAAGGAGAAGAAACAACCACAAUAA